AUGAAGAUUAUUACAGAGGGUGUUCCUAGAACUUUCAAUGUCAGGUCAAAUUUGUAUGCAGCGCUAAAUCAGCUGCGGCUCGCUGACAGGCCAAGAAAGCUUUGGAUCGACGCCCUCUGCAUCAAUCAAAGUGAUAAUGACGAAAAAAACGCCCAAGUCCCGCUUAUCGCCGAUAUAUAUGGUGGAGCAACACAAGUAUGUGUUUGGCUUGGAAAAGAAAGUACGGACAGUAGCCUGGCUCUGAACUUCAUCAGCCGGAUCGUCAAUCUAGAUGAUGUUGACCGCUUGGUGGCAGACCAGAGAAAUGCGCGAGAAUGGAUCGCUUUGUCAUCGCUUAUGAGAAGGACGUGGUUUAGGCGUCGCUGGGUCGUUCAGGAGAUCGCACUAGCAGUCCGUGCCACACUCUAUUGCGGUGACGCUCACAUUGACUGGUCCGACUUCGCUUGCGCCGUUUCUUUCUUGGAGGCCAUGGAAUCGGAAAGUCACGAGAUAUCAAAAAGCGUCGUGGGAGCGAUUCGCCUUGCGAAGGCCUCCAGUAACCUGUUCCGCAAGUCCAAAGAUGGACAAGUCCUCGAACGACUGUUUUCACUAGAGACCUUGAUCUCAACUUUUUCCGACUUCCAAACUUCGCGACCUCACGAUACCAUCUACAGCGUCCUGAAUCUGGCGAGGGACGUGCCCACAUCUGCAGCGAAGAGCGACACGGAAAGGCUUGUCAAGCUCGCAACCCCCAGAUUCACGCAGGCCGCGGAAGGAACUCGAUUCAUGGUUGACUAUAACAAGCCGUUUAUCGAGGUAUGCAAGGAAUUCCUCCGGCUCACAAUCAAAACCGACGGGUUCCUAGAUAUCAUAUGUAGGCCGUGGGUGCCUGAAGAGGGAAUUUCAGAGACCGAGCGCCCGUCAUGGCUCCUCACGACCUCAAAAGCGGCCUGGGGAAUGCGCCCUGACGGAAUCUAUAGCAGAGCAAAUGCUGACACGUUGGUCGGACCACCCGACUUGGGCAAGAGGAACUACAACGCUUCAAAGUCAUUCAAAGUCACUGACAAAUGGAAAUUUGGGGAAGGUCAAAAAGUUCGCAGCAUGUAUGUGGAGGGGUUCGUCAUCGACUCCAUCAAAGAGAAGAAGCCUUGCGCGGCUGACGGCAUCAUCUUCCGUGAAUGGCUGUCUGCUGGAGGCUGGACCGAUAUGUCCGCGCUGCCACCGGAUGAGUUCUGGCGCACAUUGGUUGCAGACAGAGGGCGGAAUGGGGUGAACCCUCCAAUGUUAUAUCCACGUGCCUGCAGAGCCGCUUUGGAACAAAGCGUCAAAGGCGGACACGUACACACCGAUACACUGAUACGCGACGUCAGGAGCACCAGCGUCGCGAACUUUCUUCAAAGAGUUCAGGAGGUAAUUUGGAUGAGAAGGCUCAUCAUUACGGAACGCAACACUCUCGGCUUGGCUCCAGAGAUGUCGAAGAAGCGAGACCUCAUAUGCAUUCUCUUUGGCUGCAGUGUACCUGUCGCGCUACGAAGGAUGGUGGACCCGGUGACUGAUGAGGAAUACUUUACGUUCAUUGGAGAGUGCUAUGUCCAUGGUCUCAUGGACGGUGAGGCUUUCGCUUUGGCCACAUCUCGGAGUGAUAAUGGAAUGAUCGCCAACAAGGUCUUUGAGCUUCGAUGA